AUGGCCGGGAAGCUUGGCGUGUUGUUCAUGCUCUGGAAUCAGGUGACUAUGGCAACAGCGGAGACCAUGUGUCACCCAGACGAAUAUGAGGUUCCAGGCAACCCUUCUUGCAGCAGAGUCUGCCCGGCUGGCUAUCACGUAAGCAGACCCAUAAGCCAGGACCACCCCAUCGGAGCCUGCUCGCCGUGCGAGUCUGGAACUUUCAGAGCUCAUCCCAGCGUGGAGACCCAGUGCAUGCUGUGUGCCCAGUGCAGAGAGGAUCAGGAAGUGGUGAAGCACUGCUCCCCGACCAGCGACCAGGAGUGCCAGUGCCGGCAGGGCAAGUUCUUCUGCGACUCCGUGGACUGCACAGAAAGCUGCAUCCGGUGCGCAAGGUGUGAAGACAGUGCCGUCCUUCAAUCCUGCAAUGCCACAAGUGAUACGGUUUGUGCCACAAAUCCACAGUCAGGAAACCCGGGGUCACCAUGGGCCUGCAUGGGUGUGGCUGUGCACAUUUGCACCACCAUCUACUUCAUCAUCAUCAUCGGCUCAAUUCCUGUAUGCUGUUUUGCUGUCAGCCGUAGAAGAAAAGGAACUUGGAAUAUGCUAAGUGGCUCUGCCCCAGGGACCAGCCAGUCCAGCGGCCUCAAGAACGGCCCGCCGGCCCCGGGUGGGGACACCGCCUGGAGUUGCUGA